AUGAUCGAAAUGAAAGGCCGUGUGCUCGUGGUCGCUGGUUCUGACAGCUCAGGCGGGGCAGGCCUGGAGGCCGACCAGAAAGUCCUUGCCGCCCAUGGCUGCUAUGCCAUGACGGCUACGACUGCUCUGACCGCACAGAAUACCACCGGUGUCAAAGCUAUACACACUAUCCCGGCCGCUUUUGUGGAACAGCAAAUCGAGGCCUGCGUUGAGGAUAUCGGCGUCGAUGUAAUCAAGACAGGCAUGCUGGCUGCUGCAAGUACCGUCGAGAUGGUGGCGAGGCAAAUAAUCAAGCACAACGUGGGCUCCGUCGUUGUUGACCCCGUAAUGAUAUCAACAUCUGGGGCGCAGCUACUACCUCUCGAGGCCAUCCGAGAGCUUUCACGGCAUCUGCUUCCGCUAGCCACGAUCGUGACGCCAAAUAUCCCUGAAGCCCUGCUCAUACUCUCGGAGAAUGUAGACGCUGCGCACGCCCAAAGAGUUGUUUGCUCCGUAGCCGACGUCGAGCAACUGGCCCGUCAGAUCCUAGGUCUAGGACCCAAGUGGGUGCUAGUAAAAGGCGGCCAUCUGCCCUUUCGGUCUGACAUGACGGUUGCGCAGACAGAAGAAGAGAAGCAAGUUGUAGUCGACGUAUUAGUCGGACCUGAAGACCAGGUAAUGCGGAUAGAGAGUCCGUACCUGGCAAGCACGAGCACUCAUGGAACCGGAUGCUCCUUGGCAUCCGCCAUAUCCGCCUCCAUCGCACUCGGAACUGACGUUUCCACUUCCGUUCGCUCUGCUUGUCGAUAUGUCCAGGCGGGAAUCAAGACCGCUCCGAAACUGGGCAAGGGAAACGGACCACUACAUCACUUUCACUCUGUGCACCGGCUCCCUUUCUCCCCAGGCUACUUUGUAGAGUAUCUCCUCGAAAGACCGGACGUAAAACCCAUAUGGAAGACUUUCGUCCACCACCCCUUCGUCAUGGCUCUGGGUGACGGCACUUUGCCCUUGGAUUCGUUUAAGGGCUACAUUAUUCAAGACUAUCUCUACCUGUUUCACUUCAGCCGCGCAAACGCUCUCGCAGCGUACAAAUCAGAUCACAUGGAAGAAAUCGGCAGGGCAAACAAGAUUGUGACACACAUUUUGCGCGAGACGAAGCUACAUACCAAUUACUGCAAGUCGUUUGGCAUCUCCGAAGAACAGAUUCGAGCAACUGAAGAGAAACAAGUCUGUACGGCAUACUCCCGCUACAUUCUGGACGUUGGCCAAAGCAAAGACUGGCUUUCCCUUCAGAUGGCCCUGGCACCAUGCCUCCUGGGCUACAGUGCCGUCGCCAACAUGCUGCAGUCGCGCGUCUCGACAGUCCGCGAUGACACGAAUCGUUAUUGGCCGUGGAUUCAGAAUUACCUUGCGAAUGAUUACGCCGAGGCAGUUAGGAAUGGAUCCGAGCUGUUAGAGAAGCAUAUGCGGCUGCAGUCGCCGAGUCGCAUCGAAGAGCUCGUCGGAAUAUUCAUUCACGCAACAAGGAUGGAGAUUGGAUUUUGGGAGAUGUACCCUUGCAAGUAG